CCGACGUGGGGCGUUGUAUCUGUUUCAUGAUCAUGCUAAUGUCAAUGCCAGUAAGUAGAGCAUCUUGAUCUUUUUCCAUUUCCUCGCAGUUGCUGCAUGUUCACUUGCAGUGACUCAGUAAACUCUAAUAGACUCGUGCUUUUGAUGUUUAUCUGCAAUGCUGAUCCCAGGUAUUACUAGGUAUUCGCGGGCACAUCAUCGCGCGCGCUCCAGCUACGACACACAAGAACACUGCUUCACCAUGAUGUAGAAGAUGACUCGAAUGAUCUGGUAUGAUCUAUUGCUGACCUCGACUUUCAUUCUGCCCUACCACAUCAUGCAUAAUGUAAAUGCAUUUUUUUGUAGAUUCCGCUUUUUUCGCAGUUUUUCAGUCUCGGGAUCAUUGGGGCUUUCUGGUGUUUCUGUUCCAUAUCGCACGCACUCGGUGGAAAUCCACAACGAAAAACCGUUCCGCUGCGAUCGUACUUGCUGCGAAUCAGCGCUACCGAUAAAACAAAGAACACGGUGCUGGAGGAUCAGUCGUGCGUGCGCUGAACUACAUUUUGCAGCGGAGGAGCAUCACUGCAACAGUAAGUAGACGGUCCGUGCGAGUAUCUUAAGGCUGGGACGGAAUUUCGCCGUACUAAGGAACAAAAACGUGGUUAGAUCAAAGAACAACAACAAGCCGGAGCUUCCAAGAAUUAGUUUUCGCGCAGAAGCGCCGCCGGAAUUUGCCGUGUUGCUGCCGCAGUAGCACUUCACAAUGAUGUGCUGGAUGUUGGUGUGGUUCUAGCACGACCACAGCGAUAUGACGAUACAUAGUAGGUGCGAGAACUUCCUGUGUUUCAUUUUGGUUUCGCUCGCCGGAUGGGGAAAUCUUCGCAGUUCGUGGCUCGUGUCCGAGGUCUACUGCUGCUUCAUGCGAACCUGCUUCGGUCCGGGUCCAGGUCCCAAAAAAGCGCCGCGCCAACAAGAACAGAAGGUCCGCUACAGUUCCAAGGAAGCGGAAGCGCUGCACAGAUGUUGUUGAUUUUUCGGUUUUGGUUGGCUUCAAUAGCUUGGUCACGUUUCUUCCUUGCCGCUGGCCAAAGGAAUGACGUCAGUUACGCGGCGAGGCAUUUCCAUCGAGGCAAACGCAAACGGCGGAGUUGAUGCCACCUGCGACCUCCAUGGCGAAAGUUGCCCACAUCUGCGAAGAUCUACUUCUGCUGAUUAAUGGGCGUCUGUGGCGGUUGGACGAAGAGGAAAAACAUGAACUGGAGCGGGGUAACAAUUGAUUCAACUAAGUCGCCCCGGCGCCUUAGUCGUCCGUCCGGCCGGACGGACGACUAAGUCGCCGUUUGCGGCGGGAAGCUUUUCCCUUCAGGCUAGCUGCCCCCCCAGAACCAAAAUCGAUAUCGCGAAGCGAGCACCGUCCAGAAACCGUAUGCAAAGUCGCACUUUUUCAAAUGGAUUUUCAUGGUUUUGGCAUGUUUCUUUUUUUUUGGAUUUCCGAAAAAAAAACGCAAACUCAGCUCGUCGCGUCAUACAUAUUCAUAUCAUCGUCGCUGUUUGCAAAAAAUAUUUUUUUUACAGUUUUUCAUUUGAAAAAGUGCGCUUUUUCAAAGGCGCUUUUCGCAUUUGAAAAAGUGCGCUUCCCGCUCCAGCAGCGUCCCGUCCCAGCAGCGCCGUGUUCCCGGGUGGGGGGGGGUUGCGCGUUCGCCAGACGCGCAACCCGCCACGACAACGCCAUGCCACCGCGAUUGCAACUCCGGGAAGAAAACGCUUCCUCCACGAGCAAAGCGCACUCAUCUACUGUGCCACCCUGCUUGAGUGGCCGCAAGCGUGGCGAAAGCUGGGAAAAUUCAGCGCUCCCGCGGGUGACGCUAGCAACGAGGACGACGAACGGUUAGGCAGUCGGCGAUUAGUAUCGUAGUAAAUUAAUAACGUACGCGCGACCAUGAUCUUCUGGCCGUGCGGGGUUUUGAAAAAACUGAUACGCUGCCUGCGAUCCCGCAUACCCCCACUGUGCCGCUGUGGUUACUGCCGCUGCGCUUGGAAAAGAAUGUUCUUUUCCAAGCGCAGCGGCAGUAACCACGUGGCGGGUUGCGCGUCUGGCGGGUUGCGCGUCUGGCGAACGCGCAACCCCCCCCCACCCGGGAACACGGCGCUGCUGGGACGGGACGCUGCUGGAGCGGGAAGCGCACUUUUUCAAAUGCGAAAAGCGCCUUUGAAAAAGCGCACUUUUUCAAAUGAAAAACUGUAAAAAAAAUAUUUUUUGCAAACAGCGACGAUGAUAUGAAUAUGUAUGACGCGACGAGCUGAGUUUGCGUUUUUUUUUCGGAAAUCCAAAAAAAAAGAAACAUGCCAAAACCAUGAAAAUCCAUUUGAAAAAGUGCGACUUUGCAUACGGUUUCUGGACGGUGCUCGCUUCGCGAUAUCGAUUUUGGUUCUGGGGGGGCAGCUAGCCUGAAGGGAAAAGCUUCCCGCCGCAAACGGCGACUUAGUUGAGUCAAUUGUUACCCCGCUCCUGUGUACUAUGCUUAACGGUACAGCUACACAGGAACUGUUUCUAUGUUCCUCUUCCUUUUGAAUACUAGCAUUACACGGCCCCAGGGGCAGGGCGCGGUGCAGCUCCGCGACAGCUGUACUACGUACGUUUUCCCGCCUUUCGCACAGGAGGGAAUACUUGGUACGUAGAACAACAAGCUCACAGCGACAGCUGCAAAGAAUCCACGUGUACAUUAGAACUACCCGCCAUGACGAAUGAAAUGCGUUGAAUGACGAGACGAGAUACAGCACGGUUGGGCACCAGCAAGCCAUUGCCUUGAGCGGUUCCUGGUUUCCUAUAUGAUUCGUCACAUUUUAUACAACGCCGUAAGAAAUCUUCUCAAAGUCAUGCAGCU